UGGACAGCCACCAUCGCCAUCUCCAGCAAGCAAAGUGAAGUGAAAGAAAUCCUAAUUUUCAGGGGUUUCCGUACAGAGCAAUUUCCUCCCGAUGAAGCUCGCGGGGCUGAAGUCGGUCGAGGGCGCGCACGACGAGUCGGCGUGGGCGGCGGCAUGGGUGCCUGAGACCGACACCCGACCUUCCCUCCUCCUCACAGGCUCCCUGGACGAGACCGUGCGGCUGUGGCGGCCCGACGAUCUGGAGCUCGAGCGGACCAGCACCGGCCACUGCCUCGGCGUCGUCUGGGUGGCUGCUCACCCCUCUGGUGUCAUCGCCGCCUCCUCCUCCCUCGACAGCUUCGUUAGGGUUUUCGAUGUGGACACCAACGCCACUAUCGCCACCCUCGAGGCUCCUCCCUCCGAGGUCUGGAAGCUGCAGUUUAACCCCAAGGGUACCACUCUAGCAGUAGCGGGCGGUGGUAGUGCUUCAGUCAAUCUCUGGGACACUUCCACGUGGCAGUUGAUCGCAACCCUCCAAAUCCCUCGUCCUGAAGGACCCAAGCACUCUGACAAGAGCGGCAACAAAAAGUUUGUUCUAUCACUGGCAUGGAGCCCUGACGGGAAGAGACUCGCAUGCGGCUCAAUGGAUGGCACGAUCUCCAUCUUCGAUGUGGCACGUGCCAAGUUUCUCCACCAUCUUGAGGGUCACUUCAUGCCCGUCCGAUCCCUCGCAUACUCCCCAAUUGAGCCCAGACUCCUCUUUUCAGGCUCAGAUGAUGCUCACAUCCACAUGUAUGACGUUGAGGGGAAAACACUGGCCGGUGCAAUGUCAGGCCAUGCAAGCUGGGUACUGAGCGUCGAUGUGGCCCCUGACGGAGCAGCUGUAGCCUCAGGCUCAAGUGACCGGACAGUGAGGCUCUGGGACCUGGGCAUGAGGGCAGCAGUCCAGACCAUGAGCAGUCACACAGAUCAGGUCUGGGCGGUUGCUUUUCGGCCCUCAGGUGGAUCCUCGCGAGGCGGCAGGCUCGCAAGUGUGUCCGAUGAUAAGAGCAUAUCAUUGUAUGAUUACUCGUGAUGUGAAGACCGGAGUCUGUUCUGGUGGAGGGGGUGAUUGGGGUUGACUUUUGGCCAGUGGUAUUUGACAUGUUUGUGAUAUUCAGUUUCUUCGGUUAAUAUCAACUAAAAUUGACUUGUAACUGUAGAAUAAUGUAUAUUUCUCUGGAGGUUGAGCUAAAAAUUUUUGGCUGAUGCUGUUCGAAUCACUCACUUCAAUGUACUGAUUGGUUUUCCGGGUAACUAGUAGUUGCUCUACUUA